CAGUCGGAUUUUAAUUCAUCUAUUGAGGAAAUCAGAAAAAACACCAGGAAAAUGGAGUUUCUCAAUGUGUCAGACCUCGUGGAGCAAACCAUAUAUGUUGUUGAUGACGAUAUUCAUGUUAUCACAGAAAAAGAUAAGGAAAAUAUCAAGAGUAUCGAGAUCACUGGCGACGAGCCUAGGCAGAUGAUCGAGAUUGUGGUGCUGGAAGCUGAAUUGGCGGAACUCGGAAACCUGAUCAGACAGAUCUUGUGUCCUUAUUGUGGAGUGUGGUUUGCGGACAGAAGCAUCCUGAAACUGCAUCUCAAUGCGCACUUGGACGCCAUGAAGCUCUUCUGCGUCUUCUGCGAGAGAUUCUACUCAAAGUGCUACUUCCGGAAGCACAUGGAGAAGCAUCCUGUGGAGACGUUCUUCCAAGUCAUGGACGAGGAUGGUCAAGAGAUAACUCUAUCCGGAAGGCUGAAGACAGCCUCGAAGAUAUGCAAAUGCUGUGAGAGAGCGAAGAAACUAAAGGCCAAAACCUCGACGACCGACUCAUGGGACACUUUAAUAUUCAUUGAUCCUUCUGAGUCUUGAAGAAGCUUUUGAAAUCCAGAG